UUCACCCUGUUUGUAGCAGAAAGGGGGAAAAAGAAUCUGGUGCAGAGUUGAUGAUAGUGCUGGUCGUAUAAUAAUAUAACUGCGUUAAUUAUUUCCAAAAAAAAACUAUUAUAUAUAUAUAUAUAUAUACAUAUAUAUACACACACACAGUUGGUUAGAAAUCUCCAUGCUCUGAAAUAGCCAGAGGAGGUGGGUCAGUCAUUAGCACGCGCUGUCUAGAUGGUGAGUUGGAUCAGGUGUUAAUAUAAAACUAGUUUUUUUUUUUUUAAUCCACACGGUGCCGGAAUGAGCUUUUUCGGUUUUGGUCAAAGUGCUGAAAUCGACAUAGUUUUGAAUGACGCCGAAACGCGGAAAAAGGUAGAGCACAAGAGCGAAGAUGGCAAAAAAGACAAGUACUUCUUAUUCUACGACGGAGAGACGGUUUCUGGCAAAGUCAACAUCACGCUUAAAAACCCGGGGAAAAGACUGGAACAUCAGGGCAUUAAGAUCGAGUUUAUCGGGCAGAUUGAGUUAUACUAUGACAGAGGGAACCAUCAUGAGUUUGUAUCCCUGGUGAAGGACCUGGCUCGGCCGGGUGAGAUGAGCCAGUCUCAGACAUUUGACUUUGAGUUCACGCAUGUGGAGAAACCAUACGAAUCGUACACGGGUCAGAACGUCAAACUCCGCUAUUUUCUACGAGCAACUGUCAGCAGAAGGCUAAAUGACCUCAGCAAAGAGAUGGACAUUGUUGUGCACACACUCAGCACGUAUCCAGAGCUGAACUCCUCUAUUAAGAUGGAAGUUGGGAUUGAAGAUUGCCUACACAUUGAGUUUGAGUACAACAAAUCCAAGUACCAUCUGAAGGAUGUGAUAGUGGGAAAAAUCUAUUUCCUGUUGGUGCGGAUUAAAAUCAAGCAUAUGGAGAUCGACAUCAUUAAGAGGGAGACAACAGGAACUGGGCCCAAUGUUUAUCAUGAAAAUGACACCAUUGCAAAGUAUGAAAUCAUGGAUGGAGCACCGGUCAGAGGUGAAUCAAUCCCAAUCCGACUUUUCUUGGCUGGCUAUGAAAUGACUCCCACAAUGAGAGACAUCAACAAAAAGUUCUCUGUUCGUUAUUACCUCAAUCUCGUGCUCAUUGAUGAAGAGGAGAGACGCUACUUCAAACAACAGGAGAUAACGUUAUGGAGGAAGGGGGACAUUGUGAGGAAGAGCAUGUCCCAUCAAGCUGCCAUCGCAUCACAGCGCUUUGAGGGCUCAGCUAGCGCAGAGAAGGCCAUCGCCCAGGCCAAGGAGGACGACAACUAAUAACCUGCAAAACAUGUCUCGUCUACGAGUGUAAAAUUGUAGGGAAGUGUCUGUCUUGAGUGUGUGUGUGUGUUUUCAAACACACCUGUUUUGAAUGUAUACAUAUGGGGGUGCAGCUACGGCAUGAUGGUCUUUUCCAUUCCUUAACAUUACAAAAAAAAAAAAAAGAAGCAGCUUGAAAAGAGCAUUUUAAGAAGCGAUGUAAACGGGGAAAGAUUCAGUGUUUAUUCACAAUUAUGGAGUCUCAUUUGCCAACAUGUUAUCAAUUCAGCAUUUUCCAUCAUGCGUUUGAAUCUGACUCCACUUCGUUUGAUCCUGAAUUCCAGACUCCUUUAUAUUUCUUAUGGUUCUUAUGUUGUACUAACACAUCAUGACCCAUACAGUUUAAACCACCCGAGAUAAAACAUCUUUACCCUUUAAUUUUCAGGAGAUUUUUCUUACACUUGGCUCUUUCUUUUUUUUUUUAUGUCACUCAGUCAAGUGCGUUCCUGUUUUUUGUGCAAUUCAAAGUCCUGUCUUUCAGUUCGGAGUCGAAUUUUCUCACGGCGCACACGAGACAAAAUGUCAUUGGUGUGAUCCUCUAAGGGUUAAUGUAGCCAUGAACAGGACCAAACUGAAUUUAAUAGAGAAUUUUAUACCGUGAGUGCUGACCCCUUGAGGCUGCAGUGUUGAAAUUCACCCGAGGCGCUCAUGAUAUUCCGAGGAUGUUCUUAUUAGACGCCAGUUUCGUAGACAUUGCCUCCUCGUUCCUUCAGUGUUUCAUAUCGUGCUGUAAAUUUGAUGCCAGAAUUUGUGAGGCUUUAAUGGAAUCAUGUCUUGAUUCUUUUUGUUGUUUUUUUUUUGGUGCCUAAUUUUUUUGGAUUAUAUUGAUUUUCACUUUCUGCAGUACUGGAAAUAAGAUAUCUCUCUCUCUCUCUCUAUGCUUAACAAACUUGUAACUGUUGACUAACUCUUACAGAAAUAUUUGACUAUAACAAGUAUAACUUAAUGCGCUUAUUAUUAUUAUUUUUUUAAAACGAAAAAGGUUAUUCAAGUGUUAGUGUGCACAAUAGAUUAGCAUCUGCAUUUGAGGGCAGUUACGGAAUAGUUUGGACGUCGUUCCAGUGUAGUACUGUAACUGUUAAAACCUUCAACCUUUUUAUUUUAUUUUUUUUUAAAUCAUUCCUUAAUGUGACACUUUCAGAGCAUUUAGAAACAGCAGGGAUGUGACGGUCAAGACUGAAAUUUUGGUCGGGUAUUUCCUUUGUUUUCUGGUUAAAAGGAUCUCCAUGUUAAAUAUAUCGGAUCAUUUCCGAAGCUAAUUGGCAGUGAACGAGUUUGUUGAAAAGUAUGAGUGGUGUUGCCUUAAAGGAAGUGAUAUCGGUGUAUUUGUUUGCAAAAAUGUUUCAACCGAAGUUCCCAUAUGCCAUUGCUUAAGGUUUUGUAGAAGCGAUGAUUCGGUAUUGCAAGCCGUCUACCAGCUUCGGAUGAUUUAUUAUUGUUUUCAGAGAACGAGAGGGGGGGAGAAAAAUAGAAAGAAGAAAGAUUUGAUUUGCUUGCGCUUCUAACUUCCUAACCCUUUUAUCAUUCUUAGAAAAAAAUUGUGCAUUAAACAGCAUUUCACAGUUCUAUAGUAAAUUUAUGUAUGUACAAAAUUUAUUUACAGAUCUGAAAGUAUAUAUAUGUUUUGGAAAUGACGUCUUUAGAAAUCGCUUACGACAAGCUUUUAAGGUACUCGCAGAAUUGGCGCAAAAAAGGGAAUUUUAAAGAUCUUUUACUGUGCAGUACACACGCUGCAGUCACUGCUUGUAUUUCGUGUUCUGUAAAUGAAAAUGUGUUUUUACUCAGAUUUCCCUGAUUAAAAGAGCCCUCUGAAGUUUU